GGAAACCGAGGUUAUUUAAAGGCAAACAAAUUGAAAAUUUUCAAGAUCUUUGAACAACUGAAUUUGAAAGGAAGGAAAUAACAUCUUUGGUGAGGUAGCGGUAUAACAUCUUCCACCGGCCCGACCAUCAUGGCUGAAGCGGAGCAACAACAAGCAACGCCAGAACAACCUAAGGCAGUCCCAAAACAGAAGGAAGUAGUUGCUACAAAGGUAACUGGCACAGUAAAAUGGUUUAACGUCAAAAGUGGCUAUGGAUUCAUCAAUAGGAAUGAUACCAAGGAAGACGUUUUUGUGCACCAAUCGGCCAUAAUAAAGAACAACCCAAAGAAAGCCGUCCGGUCAGUCGGCGAUGGCGAAGUGGUAGAAUUUAGCGUAGUGGUUGGAGAGAAAGGCAACGAAGCGGCCAACGUAACCGGCCCCAAUGGUGAUCCCGUCCGAGGUUCACCGUACGCUGCCGACCGCCGUAGGGGUUACCGCCAAUGGUAUUACCCGAGGGGCGGUAGACGAGGACGUCGCGGAGGCAGCAGAGGCGGCGGACAGCCGAGAGAAAGUCUAAGCGAUGGCGAGGUAAAGGACGGAGCCCAAUCAGGCGGUGAAGGCGGCCAAGGCGGCGGUCAACUACAAGGCGGAGGCCCGCCGCGUCGUUUCGCGCCUAGGCGCGGGCGCGGAGGCUACGGCGGCGGCGGAUACUUUAGAGGACCCUACCGCGGACCGCCAGGAGAUCCGGAUCAGAAUGGCGACGCUCCCCGCGGCCGAGCCCCCCCUCGUCGAUUCUUCCGUCGGAACUUCCGCGGAGGCAGGGGUGCGGCUAGACCGCGUUCCCAGGACAGCCAGGGCCAGGCUGGAGAGCAGAACGGUCAGGAUGGACCACGUGGGCCACCACGUCCACGCUACCGCAGGCGUGGCCCACCGCGUCCACGAGGCGGAAACUCUCAGUCAGAGUCUGCUGCUGCAGGAGGAAAUCAGAACAAGGCUCCAGAAAACUCUGUACCAGUGAAAACUGAAGAGAGUCAACAAGUGCAGAACACAACUACAGAGAGCAAUGCUUAAGCGUUUACGCGCUCAAGUCCAUCACUCUAUUAUUCAUAAUAUGUUAACAACGUUUAGCGCGUGAGUUUGUAAAACUAUAAGCAGACAAAAGGCAUUUCAUGCAGAUAAUUUUUUACCUUUUUGUCAGUUCACCUUAUUAAAAAAAAAAUAUAAUGUUAAACGGUUUGGCGCCAUUUCAAUCGGAGUUAACAAACAAAAAAAAUUUUGAUACUUUUUAUAUCCCCCCCCCCUCUUUGAUGUUUGAAUACUUGAUAGUUUGUAAAAUGUAGAUAAAAAUAAAAUUCCAACUCGUAUAUUGAAAGUGGCGACAAACUUUUUUUUUUGUAUUAUGGUAUCAUCUUCGAAUAUACAUGAAAUGUCUUAAGACCUUAUGUCUAGCUGCAAAUUUUUCCUUCGUAACAAUUUAAAAAAAAGUAAAAAAAUCAAAUGAUAACAAAAAUCGACGCCGCGUCUUCAAAGAGCGACGCGGUGGUCGAAAAAUAAAAAAAAUUCGUAAAAUUCGUAAAUAGGAACAGUUUAUUUCCCAUUGGUUGAUACAUAUGCUGUUUGGGUAUUUUUUUGUGAUACAUUUGUGAUUGCAAUCAAGUGGUGCGUAAGUGCUGUAGAGCUGCAGAACUGUCAAAAAAAUACAAGUAUCGCAUCUAAAUUUCUGUGAAAUGAAGAUACUUGCAUUUUUUCUGGUAGUUUCGCAGCUCUACAGUACUUGUGCACCAUCUCAUUGAUUAUUAAAAAUUUUUGGUAUUUUUUGGGUGCUAGUCAUGUAAGUAAUUGUGUACAAUUUUGUUUAUGAAUAUUUUUCUUUAAGGUGCUUUAAAUAUCACAGAUUUAUUUUUUCAUCAUUUUGUUUAUGCGAUUGGGGAAAUAAAAAUGUUCUCACACAA